CUGAGUGCGAGGGUCAUCUGCCGAACGGGUGUCGCGGCUCUUAAAGACUCUUGUUCCUCAACUCCAUCUCUGCACCCACGUCUUCCAAGCUGUCCCAUAAAGCCCCUCUCAAGCUCUGCCGGGAUCGUUAGUUGCAAUGAGGUUCUACUCGCAGUCCUUCUUGUACGACGAUCCCUGGUCUAUCGUCUCCUAUGCGUUCCUCAUGAGAUACCCUAAUCCCCUCGCUUCCCACAUCCUCUCGUGCGACGUCAUCUCGCGGACGGUCAACCCGUCGGGCACUCUGUCGACCACACGUCUCAUUUUGAAGAGCGGAGCCCUCCCAAGAUGGGCGCCGAAAGGCAUCGUGUUGCGCGCAGAGUCGUGGGUUAUUGAGGAGAGCGAAGUAGAUCCGGCUGGUCGAGUUAUGCGCUGCACAACUAGGAACUUGGAUCAUGUCAAGGUUCUGCAUGUGGAAGAGCGCAUCGUCUUCCAGGCAGGUGAUGACGGCAAAACCCGUCAAACCACGGAGGCUCGAUUUGUCUCGAACUUCGGAUGGGGUUUGACGAAAAAGAUUGAGACCCACGGGCUAGCGAAGUUCAAGUCCAACAUUCAGAGGUCUCGUCAAGGCUUCUCGAUGAUAUUGGACCUCAUUCGUCAGUCGCGGAUGCAGACCAUGGCUAUGGGUCCAUCUGACUCCUAUACCCCAUUCCGCUAUGUCUCCCCUACCUCUGACGUUCGGGACUCUGCUGAGAAAGCAGAAGAGCGUCCGCGUGAGUCGAGGGGUGGCGGUUCGUGGCUGAGCCUGAAGUCCUGGCGGCGAUCCUCGUAAAACCACACAUGGCAACGGUAGUAGUAAGUAGUAGUUAAUAUUGUCGAUCGUAGUACUUUAUUGUUCCCCUUACGAACAUUCUCUCGUUUGUUCAUUUGUACCACUAGGGUCCAUAGUGCGCGUAGUAGGUCUUGCAUCCCGUGUAUUUGUAGUGGUCGCACCUCGUCAAUCGCAUGCAUAUGUCAUCGCUCACAGGAAUUGUCUUCGGCCUUGAUACAUGUACGGAUUGCGACUUGUCCCAGUCUCGCUGAUUGGCAAAGGAUCGGCUCUAUCUAAACUCGCCGUCUCUGGCUCGCCAGUGCCCUGAGCAAUCAAUGGCGACUAUCUGUCCUUGAACUUGAACACCAUGUACUUCCC